AUGACUAGAGUACUUAUACAUGAUUGCCAUCAAAGACUGCAACGUUACAGCCUAGAAAUUGCUCAAUCAAAAUCAUAUUUCGAGGCAACUACUGGUGAAGCAUCGAAGGACAUUGAGGAAACCAUUCUCAAUCAUGGUCGAAAGGUACGAGCCAAAAAGAACAAAGAAUUAUCAGUAAAAUUGGCCAAACUGAGACCAGUUCGCUCAGAUCACUCUUCGGACGACCUUGUCCACAACCUUUCUUCUAAAUCCCUCACCAGCACACAACUUGCAGUCCUGGGACGUGGAGCCACUUUCAACACAGCAGACGCUGCACCCCCAGAGUUCAUUGCCGCUUUUGAAUCUGUUCUUCAGCUAACACAAACGUCAGAAGAGACGAAGGAGUUGAUCCGUCACAAAACCUCCUCUUUGUUAAUGCAACAUAAGAAGAGCGAAACUCUUAGUAAGGAAGAACAGCAAUCAUUAAAAAGCCUAAAAGGGGAUAAAGACAUAAUCAUCCUGCCGGCUGACAAAGGCCGUUCCACAGUAGUGCUUGACAAAUCCGAUUACCAGAAGAAAGCUUUGAGCCUACUCGACGACACACAGUCCUAUAAACUUUGUCCAGCCAGUGAGAUGAAAAACCUGCUUACUCAAAUAAACAAAAGCCUGGCAAAACUCAGAGCGAAUGGAGCAAUCACAGCUAAAGAUUGGUUUCUUAUGAAACCCUCUGACUCUGCCACCGCGCGGUUUUAUGGUCUUCCGAAGGUACACAAAGCUAACAUGCCUCUUAGACCCAUCGUCUCCCUACGUGGUACUCCUACAUACGGUUUGGCAAAAUGGAUGUUUUCUCGUCUUAAGUUCCUGGCAGAAGGAUCGCCAACAACAGUCGCCUCUGCUAAUCAGUUCCUUGAACGUUUAAAACAUCUGAAACUAGAGCCAGAUGAAUCCAUGGUAUCGUUUGAUGUCGUUUCACUCUUUACCUCCAUUCCAAAACAACUAGCGAUUGACGUUGUGAGACAACUCAUGGCUGAUCGCUACAACGAGAGAGACAAUCCUCUGAAGACUGAACAUCUCAUGGAGCUCUUACGCUAUUGCCUAAAAACAUAUUUCACCUUUGGUGGACAAAUGUAUGAACAAAUCAAAGGCACCCCUAUGGGCUCCCCCAUAUCAGGGCUGAUUGCUGAAGUGGUUCUUCAACGGAUAGAAAACUUGGUGUUCACCAAGUAUCAACCAAAGUUCUGGGCUGGUUACGUCGAUGACACCUUCGCCAUUGUCAAAUCAUCUGACGUGGAGCACCUUAAAGAAUUACUGAACUCGGUUAACCAGAAUAUCCAAUUCACGAUGGAAGCCGAAACAAACAACCAACUUCCCUUCCUCGAUGUCCUUGUGCGUCGGUGUGCAACUGGACAAUUACAAACUACCAUUUUCAGAAAAGCCACCAACACAAGAUAA